GUUAGUGGGGCAGUUUUCUCCUCCGAUACUGGUUUCAAAGAAAACAUGAGUGGGCAGGUCAUCCAUCAGCAAAUCAUGGCUGGGCUCAAGUCUUGCCAUGAGGAAACCCGUCUCAAGGCCGCUCAGCAUCUCUACACUUACGUGACGACUGACUUGCGAGAAGUUCCUCGAGAAGACUUCAAUGCCUUUCUUGAGAAUGUCUUUCAAGUUUUGUCUGAGAUGGUCAACAGCCCCGAUCCGAAUGAGGUCAAGGGAGCCAUCCUGGCCAUCAUGAACCUGACCAGUACGGAUGUGGUGAUCACCUCUCGCCUCAUGUCACGCUGUGCCCGCAUCUUUCGAAAUCUCUUACCCUCCAAUGAUCCAGGAGUAAUGGAAUUGGCUGCCAAGGCUGUUGCCCGCUUUGCCCUAGUCAGUGGAACCUAUGAAUUUGGAAUCUAUGAGAUGGAGAGAGCAUUUGAGUGGUUGUCUGCCGAGAGUCAUGAGGGGAAGCGCUUGGCUGCUGUCCUGGUCUUGCGGGAGUUGAGUGGUGUGAUGCCCACGUUCUUCUUCCAGAAAAUCAAUCAAUUUUUCGACUCCAUCUUUCAUGCAGUGCGGGAUCCCAAGCCGCUCAUUCGAGAGACAGCUGGUGCUGCUCUCCGAUCAGCAUUGCUAAUCACAUCACAGAGAGAGGGGAAAGAAGCUCUCCAGUCUGCUUGGUACGAAAGGUGCUUGGAAGAAGCUCACCAAAUCCUAGAUGAAGCACAAGGCAAGGAUCGUGAUGAUAGGACCCAUGGAGCUAUUCUUAUACUCAAUGAGCUCCUUCGAUGUGCCAACUUGGACUUCGAAGAAUUGCAGGAAAAUCUCCUGAGCAGAACGACCAUGCGCAAGAGUCGCGCUAAGAAGGAUUCAUUGAGUGGAGGUGGGAGGCUUCGCUUGCCUUCCUCUCUAUCAGUGAUGCGAGGUCCUCCAAAUUCCCUCUUCUCUCCAACUGCCCCAUUAAGUACGUCUGGGAUGGACUUGUCGCUGAAAGUGCAUCAGCCACCUCUCCAUGAGAGCUCUGAAUGUCGGAGCCUUAUAUCAAAAAACUUCCAUCCCAUUACUGCUCAAAUUUUGAAGCAGAAGGGGAGUCGGAGCGUCCAUGUUCAGCUCAUCGUUCUUGCCCUACUUCCUCGACUGGCUGCUUUUAAUCCCCAGGGACUGACAACGUACCGACCUCGGAAAGACAAGAAGAAGACCACGAUUGACCGCAGCAUGUUCAUUUGUUUGUCUCUACUGGCGCGUGCUGUUGGAUCACACCUGGAACAAGAGAUUAAGGAGCUUCUCAUUCCCAUGCUCUCAACAGGACUUUCUCCUCCUCUCUCAGUUGCUCUCAGUGAGCUCGCCAUGCAGAUUCCACAGCUGAAGCAGGAGAUAGCUGAAAGCCUUCUUCGAGUGCUGUCACAAAUCCUGCUUGGCAAAACGGGGAAGAAAACAAGUCACAGUCAUAGUAAUGCCGAUUUUCUACCAGGGGAUCCUGAGAGCAUUGUCCUUGCUCUGCACACACUUGGCAAUUUUGACUUUGAGGGUGAGAUACCUACCGUGGACUUCAUUGAAGUGCUGAUUGCUGCUCUCUUCACAGGCCAUUCUCUGCUUCCAUUUUUGAAAAAUUGUGUUGAGGAAUACCUGCGAAGUGAUGAAAAAGAGGUGAGAAAAGAGGCAGUUUGGACAUGCUCUCAUCUUUUAGUGUCAGCAAUGGCAUCUUCAGCCAAGAAUCAUGACAUUGAAAGCCCAACCCUUCUUCUCACUGUCUCCAAUGUUCUCUCGUCUCUCCUCAAUGUUGCCAUCACUGACCCUGAGCCAGAGAUUCGUCUUUCUGUCCUGGAAUGUCUGGAAGACGAGUUUGACUGUCAUCUGGCCCAAGCUGAGAAGCUUCAGGCUCUGCUUUAUGCUGUCAAUGAUGAAGACCUCCAAGUGAGAGAGCGUGCCAUCUGUGUCGUGGGACGCUUGUCAGAGAGGAACCCAGCAUACAUCAUGCCAUUCCUUCGCAAAACACUAUUGCAGUUCCUCUCAGAGCUUGAGUACAGUGGAGUUGGUAGAAACAAAGAGCAAAGUGCACACCUCCUAGGACAACUAGUGGCAACAUCUUCCUGCCUCAUUGAGCCUUACUUGAAUCCCAUCAUGAAGGUGUUGGUUGCCCAACUCAAAGACCCGGACCCAAAUCCAAGUGUUGUGAUCAAAGUUCUUCUUGCAAUUGGGAAGCAGGCCCAGGUGUCAGGAUUGGAAAUGAGGAAAUGGGUUGGAGAACUGGUGUCCCUCCUCUUGGAUCUACUUGUUGAUUCCAGUUCUCCUCAGAAAAGAGAAGUAGCUUUAUGGACUCUGGGCCAGGUUGUGGAAAGUACAGGCUUUGUUGUCCAGCCUUAUCUUUCGCAUCCAAAAUUAUUGGACGUCCUUCUGGAUCUCCUCAAAACUGAGCAAGCUCCAACAGCAAGGAAGGAGACAAUUCGUGUGUUGGGUUUGCUUGGUGCUUUGGAUCCCUAUGAGCAGAAGAUGUCCCGAGGGUUCAUCAGAGAUCAGCUUGCAGCUGAUGUCAUUCCAUAUGAAUCUGAAUCUGACAUCGAUCAAGGAAUGACAACCAGUGAACUUCUGGUGAGUAUGAACGUGGCAGUAGCUUCGCUGGAAGAAUUUUAUCCUGCUGUCACCAUUGUGAUUCUGAUGAAAAUUCUUCGAGACCCAUCAUUGUCGCAACAUCAUACCCUUGUUGUCCUAGCAGUGACCACAAUAUUCAACAGCCUAGGAGUGAAAUGCGUUCAAUACAUCCCACAUGUCAUCCCUUGCCUCCUAAAUGUAAUUCGUGCAGCUGAUGCUCUAUUCCGGGAUUUUCUUUUCAAGCAACUUGCUAUUCUCAUCACUAUUGUCAAGAUUCACAUUAAAAAUUACCUUGAGGACAUUUUCCAGCUGAUCAAGGAAUUUUGGACAGUGAACAGUCCCCUGCAGACAACACUAAUCUUCUUAGUGGAACACAUGGCAGCUGCUCUUGGUUGUGAAAUGAAGGUCUUUCUACCUCAGCUCAUCCCCCAAAUCCUUCAUAUCAUCCUUCAUGAUGUCAGCCCUGGCAGGAAGAUCACCCUCAAGGUGUUGAAUGCACUGAAGAAAUUUGGGAGCAGCCUUAGUGAGUACAUCCACAUGAUUUUACCUCAAAUCAUCCGACUAUUUGAUGCACCUGAUGUCCCCAUCCCCGUCCGACGCUGUGCCCUGGAAACAGUGGAUCAGCUUAGUGAUCAUCUGGACUUCUCUGAUUACGCUGUCAUGUUGAUUCAUCCUUUGGUUCGUACCAUGGACACUUGCGCUGAGUUGCGUAAUGCAACUCUGGAUACAUUGGCUGCCAUUGUUCUCCAACUGGGGAAGAAAUAUGAGGUUUUCAUUCCCAUGACUCAGAAAGCCCUGGCUAGGCACGAAAUUCAUCAUCAUCGCUAUGAGGUUCUCCUCUCCUGGGUGCUCAAACUGAAUGUAAGCAGUCAAAACCUGCAGAAGGCUUGGGAAGGGACCCAUCGAGUCUCAAAAGAUGAUUGGCUUGAAUGGCUGCGGCAGCUGAGCAUCAAGCUACUUAAGGAAUCAUCAUCUCCUGCUAUCAGAUCAUGUUCCAAUCUGGCUCAGACAUAUAGUCAUCUCCUGAGGGAUCUCUUCAAUGCAGCAUUUGUGUCAUGCUGGACAGAAUUGGGAGAAGCACAUCAGAAAGCUCUGAUUCGGGCACUUGAGGAGGCCCUCUUAGUCCAGGACAUCCCUGAGGUGACUCAGACCAUCUUGAAUCUGGCUGAGUUCAUGGAACAUUGUGAUGAAGGUCCAUUACCACUGGAUCCACAUGUGCUUGGUGAACGAGCCAUGGAAUGUCGGGCUUAUGCUAAGGCCCUGCAUUACAAGGAAGAUGAGUUCCGCAAGGUUCCAACAACUGAAGUUAUUGGGGAACUCAUUUCCAUCAAUCAGAUGCUCCAGCAAAAAGAAGCUGCUACUGGAUUGCUGGAUUAUGCCAUGAAAAAUCGGAGGGAUGACCUAGAAGUCAAAGAGGAUUGGUUUGAGAGGUUGCAUGACUGGAAGGCAGCUUUGGCUGCUUAUGAGAAGAAUUUGCUUAUUGAUUCCCAGAAUGAAAAUGCAAAGGUUGGACAGAUGAGGUGCCUUCAAGGCCUUCGGGACUGGUAUGAUUUUGAGCCUAGGAAAUGUUUAUUGUUAAGGGGGAAACUGGGUGAGCUAGCAGGGACAUGGCAUGGUGACAUGGAGGAAAGUAUAGCUAGCAUGGCUGCUGCUGCAUCUUGGGGACUCAAACAAUGGGAGCACAUGGAGAAAUAUGCUGGUCUCAUUCCCGAGGACACGCCUAAGGGAUCCUUCUACAGGGCUGUCCUCUCCAUUAACAAGGGAGAUUUCUUGGAUGCUCAAAAAUGGAUCGAUGCUGCUCGAGAAUCUUUGGACACGAAACUUACAUCCAUGGCUGGGGAGAGCUACCAGAGAGCCUACUCAGUCAUGGUUCUUGUCCAGAUGUUGGCUGAACUUGAGGAGGUGAUCACAUAUAAACUUGUUCCAAAGAGAAAACCCUUCAUCAAGCGCAUUUGGUGGGAACGACUUCAGGGGUGCCAAAGAAUGGUAGAAGAUUGGGAAAAGAUCCUCCAAGUCCAUAGUCUAGUCCUGAGCCCCCAUGAGGAGCAGGAAGCAUGGCUAAAGUAUGCAUCUCUGUGCCGUAAGGCUGGGCAGCAGGACCCAUCGCAUAAAACUCUCAUAAUGCUUCUUGGCCAAAAUCCUUCUGAGGAUCCCUGUGAACCUCUCCCCUUUGGCCCUUCACCUCAAGUCGCAUAUGCUUAUGCCAAACAUCUCUGGAUGGGGAAUCAGAAGGAUGUGGCUUUCAAGUGCGAGAUUUACCCAUUAUCUCUCUGUGAAUACUUUAAACAGAACGUGUCAGUGAAUCUUUCCUUUUGUAGGAAACUUCACGAGUUUGUGGACAGCAUUCUGCACCCACAAGUGAGGAACAUGAAUUCAGAGGACUUGGAGAUACAUAGUGAACUGAACAGCCUCCUCGCCAAAUGUUAUCUUCGGUUAGGGAUGUGGCAAGAAGAAUUGGAGGGGGUCACUGCUUCGUCCAUCCCAGCUGUCCUGCAUUGUUAUACAGCUGCUACUCAACAUGACCCCAAUUGGUAUAAAGCAUGGCAUGCCUGGGCAUGCAUGAACUUUGAGGCUGUGCUCCAUCAUGUAGAGGAGGAUCCUAUUCAGUGGAAGCCUUACUGCGUUGCUGCUGUCUGUGGCUUUUUCCAUUCUAUUUCCUUAGCCCAUGGAUCCUCUCUCCAAGAUACCUUGAGACUGUUGACUUUGUGCUUUGAUUAUGGGUAUCAUUAUGAAGUUCUUGAAGCACUCGUUGCUGGGGUUCGAGCCACCAAUGUGGAUACUUGGCUUCAAGUGAUUCCACAGCUCAUUGCUCGAAUUGAUAUCCCCAAACCACUUGUUGCUCAACUUAUUCAGCAGCUUCUCAUGGAUAUUGGUCGAGCUCAUCCACAAGCAUUGGUCUAUCCAUUGACUGUGGCUUCCAAAUCCUCUGUGUUUGCCAGACAGGUAGCUGCCAACAAGAUCCUCUCAAACAUGAAUGAGCAUUCCCAUGAUUUGGUGCAGCAGGCUCUCAUGGUCAGCGAGGAGUUGAUCCGUGUAGCAAUCUUAUGGCACGAGCUAUGGUAUGAAGGGUUGGAAAAAGCAUUUCGUCUGUAUUUGACAGAAGGAAACAUCAAAGGAAAGUUUGCUAACCCAGUGCAGGAGUCUCCAACACCUUCCAGUGUGCAGAUCGCUUCGCCAAGAUCGGACCUCUCUGGGGGCCAAAGUGAUGCAUUGAGAGUAUUUCCGGUCCGCGAAUUUGAGACCCCUGCCCUAGAAGUCCUGCAUACGAUGAUGAGGAAGGGACCGCAGACUCUCAAGGAGACCUCCUUCUAUCAGGCUUAUGGAAGUGACUUGAUGGAGGCACAUGAAUGGUGCAAGAAGUACCAGCUUACGGGGAAAAUCCGAGAUUUGAAACAGGCCUUGGACCUUCAUUAUCACGUCUUACGUCAAAUCAGCAAGCAGAUCCCUCAACUUACAAGUCUGGAGCUCCAAUAUGUGUCUCCAAAGUUGUUGGAAAGCAAGGACCUGGAGUUAGCUGUCCCUGGGACCUAUGUCCCUCACAAGCCUGUUGUGCGCAUUACCAAGGUCCAGCCCUCCCUCCGGGUCAUCACUUCCAAACGGAGGCCGAGAAAACUCGUCCUACAAGGAAGCAAUGGGAGACAUUACAUUUUCUUGCUGAAGGGAAAUGAGGAUCUAAGGCAGGAUGAACGAAUUAUGCAACUCUUUGGUCUUGUCAAUGCCAUGCUCCUUCAAGAACCUGAAACCCUGAAAAGAAACCUCACCAUUCAGAGUUAUGCCGUAAUUCCAUUAUCAACCAACACGGGACUCAUCUCGUGGGUUCCUCACUGUGACACACUUCAUGAACUCAUCCGGGAGUAUCGAGAGAAGAAAAAUAUCUUUCUCAACAUAGAACAUCGCAAAAUACUCGGAAUGGCACCAGAUUAUGAUCGUCUGAUGUUGAAGCAGAAAGUAGAAGUUUUUGAAUAUGCCCUCGAUCAAACACCUGGAGAUGACCUUGCAAAGUUGCUAUGGCUCAAAUCCCCGAGUUCUGAAGUGUGGUUUGACCAUCGUACUAAUUAUAUCCGUUCCUUGGCCGUUAUGUCCAUGGUUGGGUACAUAUUAGGACUUGGAGAUCGGCAAGUCGUUAUGUCUAUGAGAGCUUGUUCCUCACAUAGUCAUCCAUGCAACCUGAUGCUGGACCGCAAGAGUGGGAAAGUGCUCCAUAUUGACUUCGGUGACUGCUUUGAUGUGGCCACGACACGAGAGAAAUUUCCGGAGAAGGUCCCAUUCCGUCUCACACGCAUGCUCAUCAAUGCAAUGGAGGUACCACGAGAAGCGCAAUGCUCACUGUACUCCUUUUCCCCUGCUUCUAUGGUCACGGGAAUCGAGGGGACAUAUCGCAUGACUUGUGAGAGUGUUAUGAGAGUCUUGCGGAAGAAUCGAGACAGUGUCAUGGCUGUCCUUGAGGCCUUCGUUUAUGAUCCUUUAUUCAAUUGGCGACUCGCUGAGAACAUCCAAGGAAGGAAAGAGAAUCGAUCAGGCAAGACUGGAAGUGGAAGUGAUGAGGAAAAGAAAGAAGGUGGAAAGGAAAAGGGUAGAGAUGGGGACAAUGGGGAUGCUCCUCCACCAGAAGGAGAGAUGAUAUUGAACAAGAAGGCCGUGGGGAUCAUCAAUCGGGUGAAAGAGAAACUCACAGGUAGAGAUUUUUAUGGAGAACAUGUCCUGCCUGUCGAGGAACAGGUCCGGCUCCUUAUCAACCAAGCCACUUCCCAUGAAAACCUUUGCCAGUGCUUCAUUGGAUGGUGCCCGUUUUGGUGAGAACCCCACAAAUGCGAGCUAUAUACUUUAUUUUUUCUAUAUCCAGUGUGAUAUUUUUAGCCAGAAAGAGUGAAAUAAACGUGUUCUUGAGUUAAAAAAUUAGAAAGCAU